GAGCCGUUCUACCUGUUCCACCUGCUCUCCUUCCUCCCGGCCCUCCCUUUGGGUGUCAGCUGAGGAGCAAUCAGGAGCCCUGCUUCUUCUCUUUCGGGCCGUCUUCAGAUAGGAGCCGCUCGUACCCUCGGAUAAGGAACAGGGAUUGUUCUCUUUGAAUUUUUUUUAUGGUCAUACAAAACCAGAGUAGAAGGUUUUGCUUUCUGUUUCUGCGUCAAACGCUCCUGUAAAAAGUGGCUCCUGGAUAUUUAAAAGGUGGAAGAGUGACUUAUCGCCUCUGAAUGCAGCAUGGGCUCAGAUGACUCCUAUAACUUUGUCUUUAAAGUGGUUUUGAUAGGGGAGUCCGGUGUGGGGAAGAGCAACCUGCUGUCCCGCUUCACCAAGAACGAGUUCCAGCAUGACAGCCGCACCACCAUCGGCGUGGAGUUCAGUACGCGGACCGUUCAGCUGAACAACUUCACCAUCAAGGCCCAGAUCUGGGACACAGCUGGGCUGGAGCGCUACAGGGCUAUCACCUCAGCGUAUUACAGAGGAGCAGUCGGAGCCCUGUUGGUGUACGACAUCAGCAAACACCUGACCUACGAGAGUGCCGAGCGGUGGCUGAAGGAGCUGUAUGAUCACGCAGACCCUCACAUUGUGGUCAUGCUGGUGGGAAACAAGAAAGACCUGGAGAGCCUCAGGACCGUCCCCACCGAGGAGGCCAAAGACUUCGCAGACAAGAAAGGCAUCAUGUUCAUGGAGACGUCAGCGUUGGACUCCACGAACGUAGAAGCCGCCUUCAACGAUGUCCUCACGGCGAUCCAGAAAAAGGUGGCCAGCAGAGAGGUGACGCGCGGCUCCAUCAGCGCCGUGACCCUGUCCAGCCCCCUGGGACAGACGGGCGAUUCUCAGGGGGAGCGGAAAGGCUGCUGCGGCAACUCCUAAUGGACUGACUGCCGCCCUCAGACAGAUUUGUGUUGAGCCAACAGCAUGCUUGACUGAAGCUAAAGCCCUCAGCCUCUCUUUCAGGUCUGAUAAGUGAGGCAGCGCAGUCUGUCACAAACCUUUUUUUUAACAUGGAAACUGUACAGUUUGUUGGUCAUCGAUUUAGUGCUUAGAUAUCGAGUGAAUCUAAAUUUUAUACGUAAUAGUUCUUCUGCUGGCUGGUGGGAUUUUUUUUUUCUUAUUUUUUUUUACUUUAGAUAGCUGUAUUUCUCUUUCUCUUUGUGUUUUAAGAGAUGCUUU